AUGUGCCGUCAGCUAAAGCGUCGGGCCGCAGGUCAAAAAUGGGAGCGUAUUCCCUUCACGGACGAGAAGAUAUUCACCAUCGAACAGGCGCACAAUCACCAAAAUGACGGAAGCUGGUCGGCUGAAGCUCCAGGUACAUCUGCAAUAAUCGAGCGCCGUCAAUGUGAGCAGUCUUUAAUGGUUUGGGGAGGAAUAUGCGCCACCGGCAAAAUACCCCUUAUUUUCAUCGAUCAAGGGGUCAAAAUCAAUCUGGAAGUGUACCGCCGGGACAUUUUGGAAACUGUUGUGCUUCCUUGGGACCAGCAGCACUUCGGCGAUACGGAGUGGACGUUUCAACAGGAUUCAGCGCCAGCCCAUAGAGCCAAAUUGACUCAGGACUGGUGCAAAGCCAAUUUUCCGGACUUUAUCAUAUCCAGUGAAUGGCCACCUUACUCGCAAGAUCUUAGUCCGAUGGACUACAGUGUAUGGUCUACUUUGGAGUCCAGGGCAUGUGCUAAACGCCACAUAAGUUUGGAGGCGCUGAAGCAAUCAUUGCUCCAAGAAUGGGAUCGAUUAUCGAAGUAG